AUGUCUCGGCAACAACAACGACAACAAAGUAAUAUCUUGAACCUAUCCACAACCCAUCUUGAACGAACAAGUCACAUCCAAAGACAAAAGUCUAAAAUACCUGCAACGAUAAUCUCCAUAACUCAGGAAACUCCGACAAUAAAAUCCUUUCUCUUUUCAUACCUUUCUCCCACAAAAAUCACGUUUCUCCCUGGCCAAUGGCUAGACGUGUUUAUACCAAACAUUCCAACCGUGGGCGGGUUUUCUCUCACGUCUCAUCCAUUAUCACCACAUUUCCAGCUAGCAGUGAAACACUCGACGCAUCCCCCUGCCAAGUGGUUCCACGAAGAGGCAAAAGUUGGAGAUGUGGUCGAGGUAAGAGUUGGCGGCGAUUUUGUAUGGAAUGAAGAAGAAGAAAAGAAUGACGAAACUAGAAGCGUCGUAAUGAUUGCUGGUGGUGUCGGGAUUAAUCCUCUGAUGAGUAUGCUGGACUAUAUAUGUGAAUGCGGAGAUCAGGAAGGAAUUCUGAGAGAUAUUAGACUGUUGUAUAGUGCCAAGACGUAUAGCGAACUAUUGUUUUUAGAGAGAAUCGAGAAUUUAAGGAAGAAUUGGAACGGUAAUAUGGUCUGUACUUACUAUAUUACAAAGGAAGAGAGUAUGGAUUCGUCAAACAGUGAGAGUGAAUUUGCGUAUGGAAUGAGGAUAAGCAAAGAUGUCAUAGAUACCAUUGUCGACGCUGAGAGAGAUCAUUCGAUGAGAUCGAAAUGGUUUAUUUGUGGUCCUCCUUCUAUGGAAGACGACAUUAUUGGAUGGCUGAGAGCACGAGGCAUUGAGGAAGGGAGAAUUAAAUUUGAAAAGUGGUGGUGA